UGUCAGUUGUGUUUAUGUUUGAGGAUAUACGCUCGGACUGUCAGAAAUUUUUGGAUAAUUACCUAUACUUUUUCAUUUUUGUGUCCGAUUCAUAAAAGUUAUAGUGGGAAUCGGUAUGCAAAAGAAUUUUUAAAUGACAAUGGAGAAUCCAACGCGUUCACUCGAAGUGGAAAACACAAAACUGUCAAAAAUUUCUAGUCCCUUUUCUAUCGAAUCGUUAAUUGCUAAUCGAAGUACGCCAACCACAAUGGCGACGCGUCAGGUGAAAGUUCCUCCGGCGGGUUCUGUAGAAUUGCCUUUUGUUACACAUUCAUUACCAAUCGGUUUUCCACCGAAUUUUCCAUUCUACAAUCCUUGGAUACAUGGUUAUUUUGGUCAAAACCAAGAUCGCCUCAAUCAACUACUGUCAAAUGGAUCAUAUUACCUCGGAAAUCAACAUGCUGCCGUCGCUACACAAGGCACAAGUAGUGUCAAAAAUGUUGAUUCGGAAUUGAGAAAUCCAUCAUCAUUGGAUACUCGUUCGCUUGCCUUACUCAGAUCGACGACAGAUCAAAAUUAUUGCGAAAAAUUAGUAAAUUUUGUUCGAAACGGAAAUUUCGAUCCGGCGCGUGAAAAACUUGCUGAAUUUCUUAUGAAUGCGAAUAAUGGCGAGUAUAACGGUGAUAGAUUACAGCAGUGCUUUAAUCGAACUCCAAGUGAAAGUGAGUCAAGAACUUUGGAUAUGAGUGAAUGUGGUGCAAUAAAUAAUAAUGGAGAUCGUUUGCCUCUGACGAUUUCGAAAAUGGAAACAAAUGAAUUCGAACGAGCGGAAGAGGAAUUCGAACAUAGCGGUGAUUCGUGUAGUGAUAUAAGCCUUACAAUGUCCCCGGAAGAAGCGGAUAAAAACCAAGAUUGUAUUCACUCCGACAGUGAAGAUUGUUCUGACGACGAUGCCGUUUCCGGACCAAAUGCCUCUAGCGGUAGCGGAUCAAUAAAAGGUCAACAGAAUAGCAGCAGUAGUUCAAAGUCGAGAAGAAGAAGAACUGCAUUUACUUCAGAACAACUUUUAGAGCUUGAACGUGAAUUUCAUGCUAAGAAAUAUCUAAGCCUUACAGAGCGUAGUCAAAUUGCAACUAGUCUUAAAUUAAGUGAAGUUCAGGUAAAAAUCUGGUUCCAAAAUCGUCGAGCUAAAUGGAAACGAGUUAAAGCUGGCCUCACCACUCAUGGACUUAGCCGAGGGAGCACUGGCAAUGGCACAAAAAUCGUUGUUCCUAUUCCAGUUCAUGUAAAUCGAUUUGCAGUUCGUUCACAGCACCAGCAAAUGGAGAAAAUGGGUUUGAGUGGUCCGAAACCAGAUUUACGAAAGAAAAUUUCACUCGAACUUAGUGGUUUUGAAUGUUUUAAUAGCAAUAAUGGCCAUAGUAUAGGAUUACCAAGUACAAGUUCUGGUGUGGUACCACCACCACAACCACCACCGAAUGUAGCACGAAAUAUUUACUGAAAAGUCUGUCAAAAGUGUAACUAAAUAAUUUUUUAAGGAAUUCAUAAUUUUUAAGUUAAAAUGUAUCGUAAAGUUAUUUAUAAUUAAGAUUGUUUUCGAUAGAUGUAAGAAAUGAAAAUAUA